AAGAGCCGCCGCGGAGCGAGUGCGCCACCGCUCCGGAUCUGCAAUCGGUGGUCGAGAAAAAGCGAAAGUGCCUCUGCCUGCUUGCGCCAUGGACAUCGCCAUCCACCACCCCUGGAUGCGCCGGCCCUUCGGCUUCCCUGCGCUCUUCCCUUCUCGCCUCUUCGACCAGAGGUUUGGUGAGGGGCUACUGGAAUCCGACCUGUUAUCGGGCACGCUCAGCCCCUACUAUAUGCGCACGCCGGGCAUGCCCAUGCCGGGCAUGCCCAUGCCUAAUUUUCCGGACACGGGUCUCUCGGAGGUGAAGAUAGAUAAAGACAAGUUCUCCGUCCUCUUGGAUGUGAAGCACUUCUCACCAGAGGAGAUCAGUGUGAAAGUUGUGGGCGACCACAUUGAAGUACACGCGAAACAUGAGGAACGCCCGGAUGAGCACGGCUACAUCUCCCGGGAGUUCCACCGCCGCUACAUGAUCCCCAAGGGGGUGGACCCAGCGUCGAUCACUUCUGCCCUCUCUCCAGAUGGGGUACUCUCCAUCACAGCUCCGGUUGCCCAGGCCGCCCUUCCACAAGAGCGCAACAUCCCCAUCAGCCGCCAGGAGAAACCAGCGGUCACUGGAAAGUAAUCGGGCUACCUGCCUCGGCUGGAAGCUUGCUUUCAUUCCCCUUUGAAGCCCGUGUUCUGGGCCGACUCUCCCUUGACAGUUGCCAAUCAGCCUAAGCCUUUACGGAAGCCAUGUUUUGCUCUCUCUAUCCUGCUGGAGGCCUGACAGCAGAGACUUGAUUGCUCCAGGAUUAUCUUUAAGGGCACUUUCGUUGUACUCGAGAAGCUGGGAUUGGGUCUCUUCUUGGGUCGGCGUAGCCCUCUGCUGCCAGCUUAACAUGUAUCACUGUUCAUGCUGAACUCGUCCAUAAAUAUGGAUACUGAGUUGUAUUUACUUGUCAUUGCAAAACUAAUAUGGAUACUUCAUAAUAAACUUGAGGUUAAUCCC